CCCCUUUCUCCCCCACCUUUUUUUCCAGCUCCUUCCCAGCCAUGGGGGACAUGAAAACCCCGGAUUUCGACGACCUCUUGGCCGCCUUCGACAUCCCCGACAUCGACGCCAACGAGGCCAUCCACUCCCACCACGAGGAUCCCGAAUCCCACGGCAAACAAAUCCCGGGAGAGCCGGGAUCCGCCGGCCCUGCCGAGCACGUCCUGCCCCACCCGGACAUCUCGGCCGUCAGCGUCAUCGUCAAGAACACCGUGUGUCCGGAGCAGCUGGAGAACUUGGAUUCCCGAGGGAAGGAGGGGCACGGCAUGGCCCCCAGGCUCCUCCAGAACGGAUUCGGAGCUUCCGACGUUCCCAGAUCGCCCAAUUCCCGCUCCGGGGAGGCGCCUUCCAACGGGGAGUGCUGGGGCAAGGAGAAGAACUCCAAGGCUUUGGAUUUGUUCUCGCAUUUCAGCCCCGAUCCCAGCGAGGACGGCGCCAAUUUGAUCGACAGAUCCCGGGAGUGCAAAGGCAAGGAGAAAUCCCUGGCCGUGCCCUCGCUGGCUCCGUCCCCCACCCCGGAUUCCAAGAGAUCCCUGGGAGAAUCCUCCGAGGGUCUGGAUCCGCCUUUCCCGGCGCCGUUCCGGGCCGGCGACGGAUCCCACCCCGUUGCCCGCAUCAAAAAGGAGGAAUCGGACUCGGAGGAGGCUCCGGCCCGGAGCUCCAGCCCCAAGGGCUCGGUGUUGGAUCACCUGAAAUCCGUCAGCGUCCGCUAUUCCGCCGCCGAGGAUUCUCCCGCCGCGCCCUGGCCGGGAUCGGACGCGGCAGCGCCGGACGGAUCUACAAGUGUGCCAUGUGUGACACGGUGUUCACGCAUCGUUCCCAUUGAUAUUCCCAUGGAUUUUUCCUGGGAUUUUUCCCGGGAUUUUUCCUGGGACAAUCCCCACAGGUUUUCCAUGGAUUUCCCAUGGAUUUCCCACGGGUUUCCCAUGGAUUUUUCCAGGCUGAUCUACAAGUGUGCCAUGUGUGACACGGUGUUCACGCACAAGCCGCUGCUCUCGUCGCACUUUGACCAGCACCUGCUCCCGCAGCGCGUCAGCGUCUUCCGCUGCCCCCACUGCCCGCUGCUCUUCGCCCAGAAACGAACCAUGCUCGAGCACCUCAAGAACUCCCACCAAGCCCAGAAAUCCAAGGACGACUCCUCCAAGAAAUCCCCGGCUCUGCUGACGCCCAAACCGGAGCCUCUGGAAGCUCCGGUGGCCAAGAAUUCCGAGGAAUCCUCGAGCUCCACGGAGGAGGAGGAGCCCCCGAGCUCCCCGGAGCUGCGGAAGAGCAAACGGAGCCGAUUCCAGCGGAAAUCCGGGAAUAAAUCCAAGGGCAGCGGCUGGACCUGCGGCGUUUGCCACUCGUGGUUCCCCGAGCGCGACGAGUACGUGGCGCACAUGAAGAGGGAGCACGGAAAGUCGGUGAAGAAGUUCCCGUGCCACCUGUGCGAGCGCUCCUUCUGCUCCGCGCCCAGCCUGCGCCGCCACGUCCGCGUCAACCACGAGGGCAUCAAACGCGUCUACCCCUGCCGGUAUUCCCGGGAUUCCUGGGAUCCCCCAUUCCCGGGAUCCCCCCGAUUCCUGGGAUCCCCUCGAUUCCUGGGAUCCCCAAUUCCCGGAACCCCCCCAUUCCUGUUACCCCCCAAUUCCUGGGAUCCCCCCGAUUCCCGGGAUUCACAAUUCCUGGGAUCCCCAAUUCCCAGGAACCCCCCCCAUUCCUGGGAUCUCCCCGAUUCCCGGGAUCCCCCCCAAUUCCCGGGAUCCCCAAUUCCUGGGAUCCCCCCGAUUCCUGGGAUCCCCCAUUCCUGGGAUCCCCCCGAUUCCCGGGAUUCCCCCAUUUCUGGGAUUCCCCCAUUCCCGGGAUCCCCAAUUCCCGGGAACCCCCCAUUCCUGUUAUCCCCCGAUUCCCGGGAUCCCCCCAAUUCCCUGGAUCCCCCCAUUUCCAGGAUUCCUCCCAAUUCCUGGGAUUCACAAUUUCUGGGAUUCCCCAAUUCCUGGGAUCCCCACAAUUCCCAGUUUAAUUCCCAAAGGAUCGGGAGCGCAACCGGAACAAGCGGCGCAGCCACGGCGACGGGCAGCCAGCAGUGCCGGGAGUGCGGGCUGUGCUUCGCCUCCCCCGGCUCCCUCAGCCGGCACCGCUUCAUCUCCCACAAGAAGCGCAAGGGCUCGGAUCCCGCCGAGGAGCCGGGAAGCGCCUCCCGAGGGGGCGGCGCCGGUUCCGCCGGGGGAGCAGCCGGGGGAACAGCCGGGGGAACAGGCGGAGGAACAGGCGGAGGAACAGGCGGAGGAACAGGCGGAGCGGCGCAGGGGAAGUUGGAGUGCAAAGUUUGCGGGAGAGGAUUCGAGAGUCAGCUCAACCUGAAAACGCAUUUCCGGACCCACGGAAUGGCGUUCAUCCGCGCCCGGCAGGGGGCCGAGGAGAACUGAGGAUUCCUGGAAUUCCCGGGAUUCCUGGAGUUCCUGGAAUUCUGGGAAUGGCUUCAUCCGCGCCCGGCAGGGGGCCGAGGAGAACUGAGAAUUCCUGGAAUUCCCGGGAAUUCUGGGAUUCUGGGAUUCUGGGAAUGGCUUCAUCCGAGCCCGGCAGGGGGCCGAGGAGAGCUGAACAUUCCUGGGAUUCCCAGGAAUUCUGGGAUUGUGGGAAUGGCGUUCAUCCGAGGAGAACUGAGAAUUCCCGGGAAUCCUGGAAUUCCUGGGAUUGGCUUCAUCCGAGCCCAGCAGGGAGCCGAGGAGAAGGGAGCAUUCCCGGAAUUCCCGGAAUUCCCAGGAUUCCGGGACCAGCCCUCAGCGUUCCCGGGAAUCUCAGAAUUCCCGGAAUUCCGGGAUGGGCUCCCAGGCCGGGAUUUGGCGCCGUGUACAUAAAAAACCCCCCGGGAACGCCGGAUUCGGGGGAAAGAUUUGGGAAUUCCGGGAUUCCUGGGGGCUCUUCCCAGGAAUUCCCGGAUCCGGAAGGGACUGGGGAAGCUUUUCCAGCAAAAUCCAACUUUUUUUUUUUUUUUUUUGGGAUUUUCGUUUGAUUUUCCUGGAAUUUUGUUUUUUUUGCUGGGAGGGAAUUCCUGGAUCCGGAGGCCGGGAAUUCCGGAGGAUCCCCGGGAAUGAAGUUCGGACACUCCCGAGGGAGGAGGAGGAGGAGGAAAAAAAAAA